AUGGAAGCUAUAUUUGAGUACGCGCGUUUUGUUUUUUCUAUCGCCGAUCUGUUGCUAAAAUUGGCACAACUUAAUUCCAGUUUCAUGAAAUCGCUUGAGAAUGUCAACAAGCUUCUUGCUGGAAACAAAUUUGAUCUCACUUCUCAGAAAGCCGUGUCUUAUGAAACUGGAAAGGCAUUUGCUGAUGAGAUUGGGAUUCCAUUCCUUGAAACAAGUGCCAAAAGUUUCACCAAUGUGGAAGAAGCUUUUAUGGCUAUGACUGCUGAAAUUAAAAACAGGAUGGCAAGUCAACUGUCAAUGAACAAUGCUAGACCUCCUACUGUUCAGAUCCGAGCUGAUGAGCGUGUGCAUCCUCUGGGGAACAAUGGAAAAGACCUUUGA